CUGCACCUAACUCCGGUGUGGGAUUGCGCCGCCAUUUCCAUGUCGUAUGCCAUGUCGUUAGGCGUCCGUACAUGACUCUCAGCUCUCUGGCAGGGUAAAGGGAUGCCGAACAACGCAUGGUGUUAUAAAAGACCAGAGCUUAGCGACGGAAAGCCGUAGCCCUUCAUCGGCGUCCAUUCUUUUACCCAUGCGUGUCACUCUUUUUCUCCUCACUACAUACUUUACUGUGGCGUCUGCCGCUCCACUCUUUAAACCGAUCUUUGGAUCGCUGGGAGGUCUAUCUGGAUCUAACAUCAGCUCUAUUUCUCCUACGCCCGUAGCUGUGGAGACACAGUCGCUUGAUGAGCUCUACGAGCUCGCCAUUGCCGAAGGGGGCCAGCUCCUUGUCCGAGCUGGCGGCGAUACGAGUGUUCAGCAAGAUCCCUUUGUCCAAUCUUUCCAGGAAAGAUUCCCUAAUAUAAAUAUUACCAUCACGGUCGAUCUUUCCAAAUACCAGGAUGGGAUUAUUGACCGGUCCCUGAACCUCACCGGGAAAGCAGGAGUGGACGUUGCACAUCUGCAGACGUACCACGACUUCGUUCGGUGGAAGAGCGAGGGGCGACUUCUCAAAUACAAACCCGCGGGAUGGGAUCAAGUGCCAGACGACAUCAAAGAUCCUGAUGGCGCUUUCGUAGGAAUGGCUUACUACCUCUUCUCCAACACCUACGCAACGGCGAAAACCAAUGUCUCCGAUGCCCCAAAGGAAUUCCUGGACUACCUCGACCCGAAAUGGCAGAAUCGUAUUGUAAGCACGUAUCCCAAUGAUGACGACGCUGUACUAUUCGAGUUCUACAAAAUCCAACAAACCCAUGGCUGGCAGGCUAUCUACGACUUCAUCGCGCAGGGUAUCACUUGGGUUCGAGGGACCGCUACUCUGUCUACGGUCCUCCUUUCCUCCGGAACCGAAGCUGUGACAUUCACAACGACCGCGGGAUUCCCUAAUGCAAGCACCGGUAUUGUCGAGCAGCUACCCCCAGACUCGGACUCGAGCACAUCGGUCAUAUGGGCACAGCGUGCGGCGAUAUUCAAUACUGCCGAACACCCUGCCGCUGCCCAGCUUUACAUGAAUUGGUUGUUGUCGGUGGACUACCAGAGCGUACUGGCUGGUGGGGGAUGGAGCGUCAGAAGUGACGUUCCGCCCAAGGAGGGCCUCAAGCCAUUAGGGGAAUAUGGGAGUAUGCUGGAUACGAAGCUCUUCGAUGCGUGGAUGCUUGACCGUGAGCUUGUCGAGCAGUUUAGACUGCAGUUUGAGCAGCUGUUAGGCUUACCGCAAGGUCCUAGCCCGAUUGAUGCCCCAAUGGAAUUAAUGAGGAGGAUUGGAGUGUAUCGGUGAUCUGUGUGUUUGUUAUAUGGAAUAUCUAUAGACAUUCCGAGCAGCGCAUCAUAAACGUCCGAUGAGCUUUACCGAAAUUCGCCCCGCUUCGUUUCGUAUACAAUAAUUCUUACUAUGGCUUCCACAGAGCUAGCAUCAUAAUGACCAAUUGCC